UGCUUCUGCAUAACCUCAACUUUAUUAAUGUUAUGUUGUGUUACAGUUUAUUUACAGUUAUUAAUUGAACUAAUACAUAAAGUUUUAUUUUGACGAUAAAAAUGGUGUGUGACGAUACGUUGAAAAUUAGGAACUUUCCAAAAGAACUUACGAAUGCCGAAAAAGAAGAUCUUUUGAGACAUUUCGGAGCUAGUGAUAUCAAGAUUAUUACAUCAAAAGCGAAGCAAAAAUCGGUGGUAUUUGCAAAAUUUAGCUCUAAAGAAGUUGCAAAAAAUGUCUUACUUCGAUUACACCAACUUAACGUUUUAAAUUCGAGACUCGUCGUUGAAUAUGCUGAACAUGAUAUCGCCGGAAAAACUCAAAAUCCUAACAUUGAACUCAGUAAAACGACAGAACAUAAUUCCAAGAAGUACCUGCAAUCAUUUAUAAACAAACUUAACGCCUUUAACAAUUCAGUAAGUUUUUAUCAGCCACCUGCUUCACAUUUAAAAUAUGUCUAUCCUAAACCUAAUCGAGCAACAAUCAACAACAUAGCCCAUGCUCUUGCAUCCAUUCCAAAAUUUUAUACUCAAGUACUACAUCUAAUGAACAGAAUGAACUUGCCACCGCCAUUUUCUGACGUUCCAGACCCACCUCAAGUACGACAACCUAUUGUGCAUCCUGUUGUUCAAAAUAAAACAGAGUUAUCAGAACAAAAUGUUAGAGAAGAAUCUUCUGAAUCAGAAAUUGAAAGUGACCCUGAGUGUAGUAAUCAAAAUAAGGGCAUUAUACCAGAAAAAAGAAAAAUGCCUCAAAAAAAAACUGUGAAGAGACCCAAGUUUAUUAAACCAAAUGUUGCUGUAACACCUUCAAGCAAUAAGUCUGUAGGAAAAGCAGAAGAUGUCUUUGAAAGAAUUGAAAUACAGUCAAGAAAAAUAGAGGUGAAAGUUUCAUCUGAUAAUUUUGAUAUACCUCAACCAAAGCCAGAGGUCACUGAAAAAGAAGAAGAUAUAGAAGAAACAGUAGAAACACCUAAAUCGGACAUGAUUACUGAGGAAGAACUUAAUGCCAAUAGAAUACCAGCCAAAGAUCUUGGAGUUGUGCCAGUUUAUAAGAACUACCAUUGUGGGGCCCCAAGUUCUAGACUUUAUAUUAAAAAUAUUGCAAAAAAUGUUGAAGAAAAAGACUUGGAGUAUAUUUACAAACGUUAUUGUGUUGAAGACAACAAUAAGGAAAGUACUUUCGAUAUAAAAUUAAUGAAGGAAGGAAGAAUGAAAGGUCAAGCAUUUGUAACAUUAAACAGUGUGCAAACAGCUCAGAGGGCAUUAAAAGAAACAAACGGAUUUAUUUUAAAAGAUAAACCAUUAGUUGUAGUAUAUGCACGAUCGGCAACAACCACAAAUAAAAAGUAACUUGAAUGUAUGAGUGAAUUGAUUAAUAAUUGUAAAUACAUAUAAUAAUAAACAAGAAAUGAAAUGCUUA